AUGAAAUCACUCUUCAGGCCAUUCCCGUUGCCGUUAUCGGAUAGGCAAUGGUUCUAUCUCCUAGUGUUACAAGGUGUAGGAGCAGGGAUCAUAGAUGGAGGGGCGAACUUUGCAGUUGCAUAUGCUAUGUACCACAAUCAGAAAGUCGUCAAGAUGUGGGUGUUAUCCAAAAAUACCUUGGCUGGUGAUCUGGGAGUUACACCGAUAAUACAAUGUCUUGCAUCCAUGUUGAUCACUUCUACCUUGGUACAUACCGAUCUGCACCAUCAUGCAGUCGCGCCCUUACCUUUUGUCUGGCCUCAUGUCGAGCACUUACCCGAUCCGAGGGAAAUCAUCGGUCGAUGGGGUAAAGGGAAAAGACGUAAGGGUGAAGAAAUAGAGGAAAAGGGUCCCACAGAUGAAGAUGAAGAAGAACCCAGCAUAAAAGGUUUAUCAUAUUAUAUCAAGAUGUUAAUUCGAUUCAUAUUCGAAGGAACAGAGAACAAUUCUCUCUUACCCAUUGCCAACUCGAAACCAUUCCCGAUUAGGAUAUUCCUCUCUGCGGUUCAAGGAGCAGCUAUUGGAAUGAUAUUUGGUCUACCUGUCUUUUUGCUUUUCAUCAUUGUCUUAGGACCAUUAUACAAGCACGACAAUAUAGUGGAAGUAAAAUGGAAAUGGUCACCUAUGGUAAUCAAAUGCGUAUAUGGUGCUGUGGUAGGAUGGAUCACUAAUCCCGUCAUUGCUAGUUUGGCAUUAGGAAGUCAGGCAGAACAUCAUUUGAUUAUUAUCUCCGAAGAUUCCCCAGCAGAAGGAGAUGUAGAAGCUGGUCAAUCGAGUGUACCUAGAAUAGAUGGUGUAGGUGUGGAUACGAUCCACGAGGAAGAAGAAGAAGAGUACUUGAGUCCUCCUCCUCCUCUUACUGGCGAUUCACUUAGAGUCCCUAUACCCAAAUCGCCUACGCCUGCUUCGGGUGGAUCAUUACGAUUACCCAGCUCACCGCGAAUGUCCAAUCGACCUAGGGCAUUAUCAAACAUAUCUGCAACGUCGUCGUUAUCUAAUCGCAUGGGAAUUAGACCACCUCUAAUGGCAAAUUGCUCAAAUAUACCUAUCGCAUCGAAUAGCUCGAUAAGGAGAGGAAGUGUUACGUCUAUACCUAGAACACCUAGAUCACCUGGUACGGCCGAGUUUGGAUCGAUGAACUUACUACCACUUGAUACACCCACUCUUGGAAUGGGCUCACAGCGUAUCAAGCGUUCGAGGGGAGCUACGAUAUCGACUUAUGUGUCUCAGAGUGAUUCGGUGAACACAAACUAUUCGUACGCUCUUGGAGGUACUGGUGGGAGAGCGAAGAGGCCCAACAGACCUAGAGCGAUUAGUUCGUUGAGUGGAAAGGGUAUACAGCCACCAAAAGUGCAGGUUGAUGGAAUGGAGGGGCAGGCUGGUAAUUCGGCGAGCGAGGAAAUGAGGUUGGAUGUGCCAAGUGCGAUCACGGCUACAACGGAAACCAGUCAAGUGGGAAAGAACAAUGUGAGGGGUAAUGGUGGAUUUACAACUACACCUGUAUGGGAUGUUUUCGGUCAAGUUAAAGUACAAGAUCAGAUAACUACGCCUAAAAAGAAUGUUCAAGAUGAUGUGGAAGUGAGAGACAAAAAAAUGAAACAAGAGGAAGAUGCUGAAAAGAAAGAUGAGAAAUAA